AUUAUGCAAAACCAGAGUUUUGUAACAGAGUUCAUAUUCCUUGGACUUUCACAGAACCCUGAAGUCCAGAAAAUAGUUUUUAUUGUAUUUUUGUUUGUCUACAUUGCAACCGUUGGGGGCAACAUGAUAAUUGUGGUGACUAUUGUCUGUAGCCCAGCAUUGGUGGCCUGCCCCAUGUACUUCUUCUUGGCUUUCUUGUCCCUAGUGGAUGCAUUCUUCUCUUCUGUCAUCACACCAAAGAUGGUUGUGGACUCCCUAUAUGAGAAGAAAACUAUCUCCUUUGAAGGAUGCAUGAUGCAGCUCUUUGCUGAACACUUCCUUGCAGCAGUAGAAGUGAUUGUUUUGACAGCCAUGGCCUAUGACCGCUAUGUAGCAAUUUGUAAGCCCUUGCACUACUCUUCCAUCAUGAACUGGAAGGUCUGUGGCACACUGAUGGGGAUAGCAUGGGCAGGAGGAUUCUUGCAUUCUAUCAUACAAAUUAUUUUCACUUUGCAAUUACCCUUCUGUGGACCCAAUGUCAUUGAUCAUUUCAUGUGUGAUUUGUUCCCAUUACUGGAACUUGCCUGCACAGAUACACAUAUCUUUGGCCUUUUGGUGGUUGCCAACAGUGGGUCUAUCUGCAUAAUAAUCUUCUCUAUUUUACUUGUAUCCUAUGGUGUCAUCCUGUGCUCUCUGAAAGCCCACAGUUCUGAAGGGCGAUGGAAAGCUCUCUCCACCUGUGGGUCCCAUAUUGCAGUUGUGAUUUUGUUCUUUGUCCCAUGCAUAUUUAUAUAUGCUCGCCCACCAUUUGCUUUCACCUUUGACAAAAUGGUGGCAAUAUUUUACACCAUCCUAACUCCCUUGCUCAAUCCCAUUAUUUACACUUUUAGGAAUAAGGACAUAAAAAACGCCAUGAAGAAGGUGUGGAAGAGAUUCAUGGUGGUUUAUAAUGGAAAGUGA